GUUGUAUAUCCUUUUAUAAACUUGUAUUUUUAUACUCUUGUAAAUUUAUAGUUUUUUUUUGUUGAGAGAUCGAUUUAGCGAGACAAUGGCCAACAGCAACAUAACCAGUUCCUAUUUUUUAUUUCUGGAAUACUUUCGUAAAUGCCUUAGAGAGCGAGGAAUUGAAAAUAUAAAGCCCACAGCUAUUGCCAAAAUGGCUGGUAGGAAGUGGCGGCUAAUGAGCAAUGAACAAAAAUCUGUUUAUACUGAACAGGCAAAGCGAAAUCGAGAGGCAAAACUGUGCCAGAAAAGGAAGCUGAUUCAAACUGAAACAUCUGGCGCCAAGCGAAAAUGUCGAUAAUUCGAUUAAUUUUAUAGUAUCAAAAGCCACACUGCGUUCACCAUCAACAACACAUUUUUGCAGCAAAAUAUAAAAAGCAGGCUUAUUUAAAAUAACAAUUGACAUGAGCUCAGGCUUUGUAACCGAAUCGGAGGCAGCUGAGGCACGUCAGCGACGUCAAGAGGAGUGGGAACGCGUACGCCAGCCAGACGAUCCAUUGGAGAGGCCAGAGCAACCGUAUGACGGUCGUUCACUAUAUGACCGCUUAAAGGAGCAGAAAAACAAAAAGGAUAUGGAGUACGAGGAGGCGCACAAGCUAAAGAAUCUAAUACGGGGCUUGGACGAUGAUGAGGUGCAAUUUUUGGAGCUUGUCGAUGCCCAAAAAAUGAAUUCAGAGCGACAAACCAUGCGCGCUGAGGAGCAAGAGCUGCAAGAUUUUCGCAAUCGUGUUGAAAAGCUGCAGGAAGAAAGCGUAGAUAAGAAACUGCAAGCGGAGCUAAAAACCACAGCAAAAUCUGUAGGCAUAACAACGACACGGAAUUUACAAAAAUCUUUGCUUGGCCUGGGCAUUAAGCGCAAGAAUGGUGAGCUACCCAGCAGCAGCAAUAAGGUAACCAAACUGGAAGCUGAAACUAAGGCUGAAAAAGUGGAGUGCGAAACUCCAGCUUUGGUUAGUGUAAACACAGCCAAAUAUGAUGUGGGCAGUCUCAAGUGCCUUGCUAUACUACCUGGAAUUGGUUCCUAUACAGAGUCAAGCGACUCUGAAGCUAGCAGCGAUUCGGACGAGCACGAGCAUGAUAAGUGUACCCUAGUGGAUCUUUGCGGACGAAAAAUAACAAAGAAGAAACUAUGCGCUGAGUGAACAUUUUGUGGCAACAGUUUUAUUGAAUUCUUAAUUAUGUAGCGUUUAUCCAGCAUAUAAAAUAUAACUUAGUGGAAAGAAG